AUUCAAUAGAAAAUAUUCAUUCUUCAUGGUAUCGGAGCCCUAAUCUUUUACGGCUUCCCUUCCCCUUCUCCUUCUUGAGUUUCGGCCAAGCCCCCAACCCCCCUCCCUCGUCGGAUUCUUCUUCCCCCGGCAACCAUGGCCGACUCCGCCUCAUCUGGCAAAGUCACCAACAACAACGAAACCUCUUCUCCAAAUAAUUCUCCUCAUCUUGCCUUCACCACCAUCUCCAACAUCGAACUUCAUAUCCCGGUUCAACUCAGUCUCUCAGAACCAAAUUAUAAAAAGUGGAGUCGAUUAUUUCGUCUCUUGAUCCUCCGCUUCAAUCUCAAGGGUUUCAUCGACGGCACGACCAUAGCCUCCUCCGCAGACGAUGCUGAAUGGUAUCAAUUUGAUGCCUUAAUUCAGGGAUGGAUCCUGUCCACAAUCACUGAUGAAGUCUCCGAUCUUGUGCUUGCCAACAAUCUCUCUGCUCAUGCCCCAUGGAAGGCAAUCUACAAUCUUUUUCACGACAAUAAGCAUGCCCGGGCGAUGCAACUGGAGCAUCGUUUCCGUACAACUGUGAAGGGGCAACUCUCCAUCGACGAAUAUUGUCGCCUUCUCAAGAACCUCUCCGAGUAUCUUGAUGAUGUGGAUGCUCCUGUCACCGAACAUGCCCUCGUCCUCCAAGUUCUUCAAGGUCUCCCUCACGACAUCCGAGGUCAAGUUCAAUUCCUACAAUAUCAAAAUCCACUCCCGAUGUUCUUGGAGGUUCGGUCCGCAUUACUCCUCGUUGAACAGCAGCACAACGACGCCGUCUAUGCCGCCGGCGCGCCGUCCACAUCCCUACUCAGCACCGGCGGCGGCGACAAUUAUGCGGGCAGCGGACACCGGCAGGACCGAGGCAGCGGCUACGGCGGUUCUGGGAGCAGCGGCAGCGGCGGCGGACAUGGCGGUGGCUCCGGCGGACGCGGCAGGAACUUCGGCAGUGGCAGUGGAGGCGGCAACCGCGCCAGAGGGAAGGAUUUCGAGCGUUUUCGAGCUCCAAGAACAAAAGAGGCGAGAAAGAGAGAGAUUAAGAAGCGUUCCGAUGAGCAUGAGUUAUCACUUGGUGGUCGUGGUAAAUCUAUAUUCUUGUCCCCCGGUGGUAUUCCCCAACCCACCGAUGAGCAUGAGUUAUCUGCAUGGUCUGCCAAUAAUCAAAUAAUUUGCAGUUGGAUCUUCAACAGUGUUGAUGAGUCAAUUCAACCUAGUAUUGUGUCUCACACUGUUGCAUCUGUGCUUUGGAAGGAUUUGAAGAAGCGUUAUAGUUGUUCCAAUGGUCCUCGUGUGUACCAGUUAAAAUCUGAGUUGAAUUCCUUGCGACAAAAGGAUCAAACGGUCGUCUCUUAUUAUAAUCAGUUCAUUACUUUGUGGAAUCAACUCACUGGUACAUCUGAUCCCACCAACGGCUGCAAGUGUGAGGCGGCUGCCCUCACGCGUGCUCGUAUUGAACGAGACAAAACCAUUGAUUUUUUACUCGGCUUGGAUGAUGAACAGUUUGGUUCCAUUCAGUCCCAGAUUCUUGGAACCGAACCUGUGGUAGACAUUGACCGUGCUUAUUAUCUUGUUUCUCAGGAGGAACGUCACCGGCACAUUGUGCGUGCUCGUGAUUAUCGUACAGACUCACUUGCCUUUGCGGCUAAGUCGGAUCGCCGUCCAUACUCUCGCGGAGGAGGUACCCGUGGUGGAGCAACCUGUGGUGGUCGUGGGGCUGGUCAACCCGUCGGUAGAGGAGGCCGCGGGCCUAGUGGUGGCCCGGGCAGUGGGACUGCUAUGUCCGGUCGUGGCAGUGGGUCGGCUACUGUCCCUGCCGCGUCAGUUCAUGCUGCCUCGGGAGAUACGAAUGGUGCUCUUAGUGAUCAGAUGAGCCGUCUCAUGUCUAUGUUGGAAGCCUCCGCCUCACACACCUAUUCGGGUAUAUAUACAAGAGUUCCGGGCCCAACAUAACAGGCCCAAUAUACAGUACUACAAUAU